AAGAGGACAAGAAAGAUGUGAAAACAGCAAAGUCUUUCCCUGUGAACACAUCUUCACGGGAAGUCAAAUUAUGAUCUGAAGAUUGUUGGCACCAUAGAAUCAAGACAAGUCCCGCCCUUUCAGCUGUCCCCAAUGGAGAGGAAUCGGUUACCCAAAAGGAGUAUGCAAAAGCGCCGACGUGGAGUUCAGAGGAGCGGAAGUCGUCAGAUUUCACUGACAGCCGUAAAGCGCGUCUAGCUCUUUCACCUUCCGGAUAACGACAACAGCUCCGACUGUCAGUGCCGGCCUUCCUCGUGUAAGGGGAUCUGCCGGACCCUUGCUAAUUCAAUUUCUUUCCCUUUCCGGGCCCUUCCCUAUCGUCGCCCCCUUCACCUUGGAUCAUGUUCAAGAAAUUUGAUGAAAAAGAAAAUGUGUCCAACUGCAUCCAGUUGAAAACAUCAGUCAUUAAGGGUAUUAAGAACCAGUUGAUAGAGCAAUUUCCAGGUAUUGAACCAUGGCUUAAUCAAAUCAUGCCUAAGAAAGAUCCUGUCAAAAUAGUCCGAUGCCAUGAACAUAUAGAAAUCCUUACAGUAAACGGAGAAUUACUAUUUUUUAGACAAAGAGAAGGGCCUUUUUAUCCAACCUUAAGGUUACUUCACAAAUAUCCUUUUAUUCUGCCACACCAGCAGGUUGAUAAAGGAGCCAUCAAAUUUGUACUCAGUGGAGCAAAUAUCAUGUGUCCAGGCUUAACUUCUCCUGGAGCUAAGCUUUACCCUGCUGCAGUAGAUACCAUUGUUGCAAUCAUGGCAGAAGGAAAACAGCAUGCUCUAUGUGUUGGAGUCAUGAAGAUGUCUGCAGAAGAUAUUGAGAAAGUCAACAAAGGAAUUGGCAUUGAAAAUAUCCAUUAUUUAAAUGAUGGGCUGUGGCAUAUGAAGACAUAUAAAUGAUCCUCAGAAGGAAUGCACUUGGGCUAAAUAUGGAUAUUGUGCUGUAUCUGUGUUUGUGUCUGUGUGUGACAGCAUGAAGACAAUGCCUCUGUGGUUAUGCUGAAUAAAUUCUACAGAUGCUAAAAUUCUGUUAGCUUCAGAAAUUAUUUAAUUUUUCUUAAACUCAAAAUUGGGUAGCAAACUUGGACAUUAAAAGGUAUCUGGUAAGUAAGUAAAGAGACAACUUAAUGUCCUUUCUUAGGUUAAUAUAAGAUGACUUGUAACUGGACUUGCCAGUUUAUGGUGGACCCCCAGAUAAUUUGUCAAGUUAAUGGGGCUUGAAGCCAGACUGGGAAUUUUAUACUGUUAUCCCAGGUCACCCAGCAGUACUUUUGUGUCUGUGUGUGUGUGCCUCUGUGUGUGUAUGUUUGUUUGUUGUUGUUU